AUGCCAAAACGCGGAUCGAAUGGUGACCUAAAUAACAAUAAUACUGAUACUAUUAGUGAUGUCGAUGCAUUGGACACUCCUAACAAUAGUGAGUGUAUUUUGGACGUACCAGACUAUUUCCCCGAUUUAAAUGUGAAAGAAUUAUUAGAAUCAUCACCAGAAGGACCAAGCGUUUUGAAAGAAUAUGAGACAAGAGAAAUGUUAUCUUCUUCCAACCAGCAAUUACUGAUGAACGUUAUUGGUCGCUGGAUUUAUCCGUGGUUGAAAAACAACCAAAUGAAAGAACAUCAUUACCUUUCGAUAAUAAAAAAAUUAUACGAUUGUUUUCCUGAAGAACCCAUAGGAGUUUAUUAUAUGCCCCCCGUUCCCAAGCGAUUGUCCCCAAUAAACAAGCCGAUUCCAAUGAGAGGUAAAUUACCAGACAAGAUAAAAAAUAUUAAGUACACUACUGGCAUCAACUGUAAGCGAAAAUUACCAAAUAAUUUUGAAUCUACUGAUGAAAGACAGCAGCGAUACACUGAACUUUUAGGUACGCAUGAGGAGGAUAUCGAAUGGUUGAAAAAUAACAGGGAUCCAUGGGACCUUGUUGAACAAAAAUGGUCGAAUACUUUUAACGUCAGAUUAAAUUCUAAACAUAAUUCAGUUUAUGAUUUUAUCAAAGAGUGGACCAUACUCAAUGAUUUACGAAGUAAAUCCUUGAUUUCAUUGGAUUUUGAACAGCUGUACCCGGGCAAAAGUGGACAUUUUGCUACUGGGUGGUCACUUUUUUUUGACAGAGUUAAAACCUUGAGAAUAUUGAAAUAUUCAAAUGAAAAAGUUAUUCAGCCAUGGAAAGAACUUAUUACAGAAUUAGGAAACGGUCCAGCGUUUAACGACCUUAAAAUUGCAAUCGAACUAUCGAUUUUGGCAUUUUUGAUUCCACCUAAAGGAAGAGCAUCAAAAAAAAUCAAAUAUUCCACCAAGGAGUCGUUGGAAUCUAUACUAAUUUUUGUAGAAAAUCCUGGUGAUAUAACGACUGAAAUAGAAAACCAAAAACAGCGAGCACGAGAGAAAAAAGAUUCCGUACAACCGUAUGUCAUCAUACAGGGAAACAUGCGUGAACACAAUCAAGUUUUAUUAGUUAUUGAUGAUAUAAAAUAUCAAUUUACGUCAGCAACAAAUGCAUUUGAUUGCUUAUUCAAAUGUUUCCAUGUUCUUCAAGCCCAAUAUCCAAAAGCUUCUUCGCAUUUACAUUUAUUAAUUCAGAGAUGCGUAUAUAGAGUGACAACUCGUCAAGAUAUAUUGCCUCUGAAUAUUAUUGAUAUUAUCAAUAAUGCGUACUUAGAUGAUUGA